AUGCCGCAGUUGCUAGAUCUCACGCUGAAGCUCAGCACGGGCGUCCCCCCCCCCAAGAGCAUCGACAUCGCCUUCAGCCUGACAGAGGGUGCCGAUUUCCCUGCCUGGGCCCACGACAUCCUCAGCGGAUCCUGGGGGAUCGGCCUGUCAUUGACCGUUUAUGUGAAGACGGAUGGGUUGGGCAGAGAUGAAGAGGUCGUCCUCGAGCGUGGACGAGGUUUCGAGAAAGUGGCGAUCGCAAAUCUCGGAAGGAACGAACACGCGUGUGUAAAACACCUGGCGCGGAGAUACAAUACCUUUCCAGAUGUCCAGAUUUUGACCAAGACGAAUGGAGUAUCUCCUCUCCCGACAUGA